CAGUUGGUCCGGGCGGUAAUCCUCUGCCAUAUAGAGGCGGUGGGGAUUUGCGGCCGCGUCGGGCCGAAUGCAAUAAAUACCUCCUUAGCGUUAGCGCCGCUGUCGAAUCGGCAGUGUCUGCCCUUCCCCUGCAUCGAUCCUGUCGCUCUCCUCCUCCUCCUCCUCCUCCUCCUCUUCCUCUUAAAGUGUGUGAAAUAAACGGGAAAGAUGGCUGACAAAAGGAUGUCUUCGAGCCGCAAACACAGCAUGAAGAGCGCGAUGCUGCAGGUAGCCAUGGACCUGCUGGCGGCAGAGGUGGUCGAGAAGGCUGAGAUGAGAGCCAAAUACAUGGAAGAAAAUUGCCCUCCCCUGGUCCUCCCCACAUCUUUGGAGGAAUUACAGGAACUCUGCAGGGAGCUCCACGAGAAAGUCGAUGUGGUGGAUGAAGAGCGCUACGACCUUGAGUGCAAGGUCAACUUGGUCGUCAGAGAGGUGGCAGAGCUGAACUUUAAAAUCAUUGACCUGAAGGGCAAGUUUAAAAGGCCCCCCCUGAAGAAGGUGCGCAUGUCUGCGGACGCCAUGCUCCAGGCCCUGCUGGGCUCCAAGCACAAGGUCACCAUGGACCUGAGAGCCAACCUGAAGCAAGUGAAGAAGGAGGUCAAGGAGGAGGACAAGGAGCUACGCGACGUUGGCGACUGGCGUAAGAAACUGGAGGACAAGGCUGGGAUGGGCGGCCGGAAGAAAAUGUUUGAGACGGAGUCUUAAAACAAAUUUUUUAUUACUGCGCCGUAGACCACUUUACUCAAAUCUCUUCUUAACAGUCAAACGGUGCUUUGAAAAUGGGACUCUCACUCGUUGUCUUAAUUUAAAAUACGAUCUCCUUUUUUUGUUUGCGCAUAAGCGUUUUCUUUCUGGCUGGUUUUACGCGAGUGUAAAAAUGUUGUGCGUCUGCAGGUUUCCUCAGAUAAGCCUGAAAUGUGUUGCUGCAGCGUUCAUGUGCUCUGUACAUAGACUGUAUAAACUACAUCACCGCUUAUCAAGUCAGUGAAACUUACAGUGCCAAAAUUGACUUGUGUAAAUAAACCAUCUUACGGAAAUGUGUUAAAACCAAA